AUGCAUUUUUAUUUUUAUUUCCAAUUUUUACUCUCAUUACACGUGUGUCUAAGUCAAGUACGACGGCCCGAUGCCGCUAGCGUGAUGCCCUUUGCGCCCGCGACGCCACCACAGCCAGCGAAAUGCGCGAACAAAUCUGCGACGGCCGCUCCGAAAAAUGCCUUGCGAUUUCGUGUACCCUUUAUGGAUAUGAAUAUACAAAAUGAACGAAAUUUGCUUUUAAUACAAGAAAGAACCAAAAAUCAACUAUUCAUAUUACACGGCAAUGAAUUGUAUGUGUUGAUUGUGAGCAGAGAUGAGAAACGUUUAUCCUUGAUCGGUCUAUUGGCUGGUGGUGUGAGACAAAAUGAGCCGAUAGGAGCGGAGAUUAUCGCUUGGCGUAAGUAUUUGUUGCUGGUCAUUGCUUUGGAGGAAUAUUUGGAGAUUUAUCAACUGAACGCUGUCUUAUUGGCGCAAAAUGCUGAGGCUACGAAAUCGGGUCAAGUCUCUAGAGACACAAUAACAAAUUUCGAACCAAUACAACAACUUACCUGGAACGGUCGAUUUCGUAAGCUUUUCCUUUUCAAUGCUGACGCGGAACGAGUUAUGCUUUUAACGGCGGUGAAUUAUACGAAAUUACAAUCAAAAUUGCGAACUUAUGAAUGGUCGAAUACAUUUUUCGCUACGGUUGAAGAUCUAACAAUACCGGCUAUACAUAUGAUGGAAGUUAUUGGCACGGGACCGAUAUAUUUGCUUAGUGGGCGUCUAAUAAAGCAUCAAGGCAGGACUAUCAUUGUGGUUUACGAAAUCGAUGCAAACGACUUGCAUUUACGUAAUCGUCAAACGCUCACAAUACCCGCCCGUACGGUGCAUGCUUACACAUUUCGCGGACGUAAUUAUCUCAUUGGUUGUGCCUCACAGCAGCAGAAAUGCAACACGUAUCGCAUGAAGCGCGACGAAGGACAAUUCACUGUAUUCCGACAAUUUAAUGGCAAGGAGUUGACAUUCGAGCGUUUCGUGGGGGGUAAACAUUUUUUGGUUGGCACACAUCAAAGAGCGCUCAAUGUUUAUCCCAAUGCGCGCAUGGAUUGCUAUGCGAGCUUCUCGGCAAACGAAAGUGAUGUUAGUGAGAUAAUGACGCAUGUGAGUCAGCAGGACGAAUCAUUUGUGCUGCUCAAUUAUCGGCGACCAUUUAACACUUUACUGCGUAUGUUCGAGGUGGAAACUGCAGAUGGAGAGCGCUUGGGUGCGAGCGCGCCGGCGACGUUGAAUGACACUGGCUUAGAAGAUUUGAGUGCGCUGCAGGAGCACCAACAUCUCUUUGAAGGCACAGUACAAAGGCUUAGAAGUUUGCUGCUGCAACGUAAGACAGCCAUGGAUGUCUUUCGCAAAGCUGCCGCCAUUUUGCGUCCAAAACUUCAAAAGCUCAAGGCGGCACACGCCGUGCGCUUACACGCGGGUAAUAUAGGCAUAGUACGUAUUAUGGGUGACGCACUACAGAGUCCAAUACAGUUGAUACAGCGUGUGCAGAGUUUGCGUGCGCCAACACGUAGCACGCGUUUUAUGCGCGCCACGCCUCAACAGCCCGGUUUUAUAUUGGAAAUACCAAGUGUGGCGAAGGUUCAGCGGCUGGAAGUUAGCAACCUCCUUUAUAAUGGCUCACUUUUGCCUGGCUUCUACUUAAACAACGGUUCUAGCACAGGCUUGCCCAUACUCUCAAUACGCUCUGCCAUACGUACUAAAGUUUUGAGCACACCGCAGCUGCUAACGCGCCAAUCUUUUCGGCAACCACGUGAGAAUGCCAGGAGUGCACCGAAUAUUCCACUGCAAGUGCGUAAUCUAAGCGUGGAGCGUAUUAAUAAUGUCUCCGUAGCAGAAUUUUUCAAUUCGAUAUUUUUACGCAAUCGCGAUUCUAAGUUGAAAGGCAGUCUCAUACUGCAAGGCGCGACAAAAGUGGAUACACUUAACACCACCUCAUUGAAUGAUCUAAAAGUUGCGCAACUUUUCAACUUGAAGGAACCACAAGUUGUUCAUACGAAGAUGUUCAUACAUUCGGUAACAGUUCGGGAUGUACAGGCGGAUUCGGUGAAUGGCUUGAAUUUUACAGAAGACGUCGCUUUUAGUGGCAGAGACGAUUUAAUUGAUGGUCCAGUUGAACUUAAGAAAAUGAGAGUAGCCGGCGAUUUGCUGGUAGGCUACAAACCGAAGAAAGAGCGCGAUAUCGACGAUGAGGACUCCCAAUUUCAGCAAUUCUACACAGGCAAAGUUAUCAUUACCGGCUCUCUGACGGUGGAUAAUGUGGGGCGCGAUAACCCGUUUGCGACCGCGGUUUUCGUAAAUGGUUUGCCUUUCACAGAGUCGAUGUUGAGAGAUGUGUACUUAUUGCAGAACACACCACAGGACAUACACACCCCCGUUAAAUUUGGAAAUGCUAAAAUUACAACACCACAAUUUGCCACGAAUUGGUUGAAUGGACACCCCACCUUACAACACUUACUCACCACAGGUCAUCCACCACUACAAAUGCCACUCCUACUCAUUUUUAUGCUCGCCAAUAUAGACGGCGAUGUCAUUUGUCAGGCGUAUAAAUCAAAAUUGUUGGAACUCUCAGAAGAUGUAGUGCGAUAUGGUGACACAGCAAAUAUAACAGGAUGGAAGUUUUUCCAUGCGCCCCUUACCAUCGAACAUCUAACGACGAACAAAUUGAAUAAUUUUUCGGCUAACGAGCUAGUGCUCAAGUCUGAGCUACAGCGAGAGUUUCGCUUUUUCGGCAAUAAGUCCUUCGACAAACUCGUGGUUACCCAACAGGCUCACGUGAAAGAAGCUCUGAACUAUGCCUUCUUGAAUGAUGCACAUGAAGAUGAGACACUGAGACGUGACCAAUAUUUCAAGCAACUCCAUCUGCCUUAUCGCCUGCAAGCGAGUAAUAUAGUCAUACAUAAGAUCAAUGGGAUCGCCUUCGAUAAGAUUUUCGACAGGUUGAAGGUGGAGAAUGAGCAGCUUGUGUUGCAUAAGGACCUCGUAGUCGAUGGUAAUGUGCAGUUUGCGGAGAAUUUGCAGGUGGAAACAGUAAACGACAUUCUAUGGUCGGAAUACGUUACAAGUUUGGUGCGUAUAAAUGAGAAUGCAGUAAUAAAUGGCACUACGGUAUUCAUGACAGGUCUUACGGUGAAGAAUAAGCUACUUACGACUGGGUUAAAUGGUAACGACAUGCGUGAAGUUUUCAGCAAUGUGCUUCUAAAGUCCAAAGCACAAGAGAUCACCGGCAAUUACACAUUCGGCAAUUUACGUUUAACGAAUCUCGAUGUGAGCAUCAUUAAUAACGUACCGACAAGUACGUUCUUAGAUACACGCGCCAAAGAGCUUACAAUACAAAGCGAUCUUAUCAUACCGAAGCUAACGGUACAAGGUGAUUUGAAUGGUAACUUUGCAAGCUCCUUAAACUUCGCCACACUCAAUGAACAGCUACAACAGCUGCCGCAGAAGCGUUGGCGAAAUGUGGUCGUACACGGUAAUGCCUACUGGAAUGAGUCUUCGGCUGGCAGUCCGAAACAAUACGAGCAACUACAAUAUCUCCACCGACAGGCUGUACGACGCGAUGGUGAUCAAUUGAUCUCGGGUACAGUGCAAAUGUCACAGCCGCUUAUAAGCAGAAUGCGUACGCGUACACAAUUUCCCAGUGGGGUGGAUCUCAGUUAUAUCGCGGGUGAUUGCCUGCUGAAGAACACCACGAUACCACAAACGAUAGCAGGCGGUAAAUUGUUUCACAAAACGUUGCGUCUGCAGAGCGCUAUAGUAAGUGGAUCAAUAAGGAUUGAGCUAUUAAAUACGAUUGAUGUGCAACGUUUUCAUGACUCGCUCUAUCGGCCCUCCCGAGAGAUACCCAUUGAAGGCCCACUGUAUUUCAAAAUACCACCCAUCGUCGGUCAACUACUGGUACAGGGCACGGUUAAUGGCAAGACCACAGCGCAGAUUUACACAAGUUCCCAAGGUGUGAUGCCACCGGUAAAAAUGCACAGUCUAGUGGUGGAGGAUGCACUCCAAAUUGGCGAUGUGAAUGAUAUGAGCCUGAAUUAUAUGCUCAUGAAUCGGAUAAGACUGAAUGGCGAGCCGCAAGAUGUGCAAGGUUUUCUGACAUUUGAAAAUCUGAACCUAAACAAUGAAACACUGCUGCAGUCCAUAAAUGGCAUCGCGAUCGACGAUAUGAUAUUCAAGAAGAGCGCACAUGUGCAAGUGAUUGAUGGGCAAACGGUCAUCGACGGCAAUCUGAUCUUUAAUGGGCCGGCGCAUGUUUUAAAUUUUAAUGGCGAACGUUUGUUGGAUAUGGUUAAACAGACCAUUUUCACCAUGGGAAGCUAUCAUUUUGAUAAUCUUACCCUAGAUAAAGGUGAAUUCAUGAAGGGUUUAGUGCUCGUGCGUAAUAUGCGCAUGGAAGACAUAGAAAGAACAUUGUCCACGGAUGUCGAGCAUACUGAGGCUGAACACACAUCACAGGACGAACAGGAAAUUGAAGAUAUGCAAACCGACUACCGCGCACAAUUAACCGAUGUUGUAGAAGAGCUUUCAAACCUCAGCGCAAAUGCGAAUAACAGCAGCCGUCAACAUUUGUUGUAUCUAGACUUUGAUUACAAGAUCGAAGUGUUGCGCCAAUAUGCCAAUGAAAGUGUGAAUGAGACUUACCUCAUGAAUUUGCAACAUAUUUCCGUAUGUGAGCACCGACUGCUCCAAGUGCAGUAUGCGCAAGAAAGUCAAAGACUCUUCAUAGCCAACCUCACUACAAGCUCCUUGAUGGCGCGCCAUGGUGAAGUAUGGGCGCGCGCACAAAACCAUUGCGAUAGGCGACCGCACAAGAUAAAAAGUAGAAUUACCGUGAAUGGACGUGUAGUAUCGAAACUCUUUGGCAUGCGGAAAUACAUUGAGAGCAUGCAGUUUUUCGAUGGAAACGAGGGUAAACUCUAUCUCUUGCUACAUGCCAUCGAUCGGCAUCGUGGUCGUAAUGAAGUGCGUUUGGUGCGUGUGGAUGAUGAGGGUAAUGAGGUUGUCGAUUUGCAAACAAUAGCUUUCGGUAUUGGCAACACGAUGCAUGUCUUUAAAUUACGCAAUUUAACGGCGUUGGCCAGUUCCUCGUGGAUGGAUAAGCAAUCAGCUGUGAGCAUAUACCACUUCGAGCCCGUGAAGGAACACUUUCGACUCGCUCAGGUCAUUGAUGGUCCGUUCGAUGUGAUGGAGUUGGUCGAAGUGCAAACGGAACGUUACCAAAUGCUAUUGAGUUGUGUAAAGUGUCACAGCAUUAAUGUUUUCGAGUUAAAGACCGAUCCGGUGAUUUCAUAUAAGCCCUUCCAGAUUAUUAAAUUGCCAAUGCGCAUCGAUAAGUUUCACACAUUCACCAUGGGCGAUGGUGAAUUAUUCCUGCUGACUUUGGGCGAACAUCAAGCGGAUUUCUAUCAUCUAUAUAAAUUCGUUGCCAUUCAGGGUUGGUUGCAGAACGCCGUUGGACUCUUCCCAAGAAUCGAACUGGCGGUGCCUUUGGCAGGCAAAUUGUUGCAAAUCAAUGGUGGCGGCUUGGUGUUAUUGUUGUGCGGCGGCAUUGAAACGGAUAGGUGUAGCAUAGUGAGGCCGUACAUACAGCAGUGAGUUCAUAUGUAUGUAGAUUUGUAAUCAGCUGUUUUCAAUGUGAAAAUAAAUUUGUAAUUUUUUGUUUUUGGAAAAUUAAAUAUUCAUAUUAUGAAGUUAUAUAAUUACUAGUCAUUUAAGUGGGUUGAAAUAAAACUGUGUAAAUAUGUAUUAUAAAAUAUACUUAAACUUGAGCUAAUCUUCGCGAAAAA